UAGGGUUACCGGAGAGAAGCUUCGACUUAGGCCAAGCUUCUCUCCAUUGACAGCCCUUUCCUUUCCUCCCUCGCGUCCCGUCACUCCUCUCGUACCGAACGCAGGCAGUCGCCUUGGUCCUCGAAAAUUCGCCACAAUGGGGCGUAUGCACAGUCGCGGAAAGGGUAUGUCCUCUUCGGCUCUGCCUUACAAGAGGAACCCACCCAGCUGGUUGAAGAUCACCACCCAGGAGGUCGACGACCAUAUUUGCAAGUUGGCUAAGAAGGGUCUGACCCCUUCCCAGAUUGGUGUCAUUCUUAGGGAUUCCCACGGAAUCUCCCAAGUGAAGAGCGUUUCUGGAAGCAAGAUUCUCAGGAUUCUCAAGGGUCACGGGCUUGGUCCUGAGAUCCCCGAGGAUUUGUAUCACUUGAUCAAGAAGGCUGUUGCCGUGAGGAAGCACCUUGAGAGAAACCGCAAGGACAAGGACUCCAAGUUUCGUCUUAUUUUGAUCGAGAGCCGUGUUCACCGCUUGGCCAGAUACUACAAGCGCACCAAGAAGCUCCCACCCAACUGGAAAUACGAGUCCGCCACUGCCAGCACUUUGGUUGCGUAAGUGUACAGACGUACCACAUCCCAGAAUGUGAUGGGAUAAUGCACGGGUUCAUUUGUGGAGCUCGACGUUCGACCCAAAUUUGGGUGCCCAUGAGCACAAGCUGAUCAGUAAGAUUUGUCCUUAGAUUGGGCCAUGUAUCUGAACUCACUGUGAUUAUGGGCAUAGUUCGUCCGGUUUCAUCAUGCGUUCCACCACUGGCACUGGGAUUCAAUAGAGUAAAGAAUUUUAAUGAAACAUUCAACAUACUUUCCUCUAGCUGAAAUACAAAUGCGUGGAUCUCACGAUGUCUUUUUGUUCCCCGAGGUCCACACACCGUUGUGAAGUUUUGUCACGCGAAUGUAGUUAACCUUAUGGUUUCACCACACGUAGCUCAUUAAUACACUAGAUUCAAACAAUCCAUCCGAUAUUGCAAUGGUAAAUGUUUGUUUCUCUCCCCGUGGUUAUAUUGUGCUGAUUAUCUUUCCUUUGCUGGUU